AUGUCGUCCAUGGCUGACGACGGCGAGCGGCUCGAGCUCCUCCACGGCGACCUCGACCUGACCAUCCACGAGGCUUGCGGGCUCCCCAACAUGGACGUCCUCUCCACCAUCCUCCGCCGGCUCUGCAUCCGGCCCCGCCGCCUCCCCAGCCGCAACGUCGACGCCGACACCGACGCCGACAGCCCCCUCCCCCGCCGCCGCCGCCGCCGCCAAAAGCCCCGCGGCCGCCACAGCAUCGUCCCGACCUCCGACCCCUACGCCGUCGUCGCGGUGUCGCGGCCGGACGGCCCGGACACCACGCUCGCGCGCACCUACGUCGUCCGCAACUCCGAGGCCCCGGACUGGUCGGCGCGCAUACGCAUCCCCCUCGCGCACGAGGCCUCCCGCCUCGUCUUCCAGGUCAGGGACUCGGACCCCUUCGGCUCCGACCUCAUCGGCGCCGCCUCCCUCCCGGCCGCCGACCUCCUCCACGGCGGGCCCAUCGUGGACGCCUGGCUCCAGCUGCUCCGCCCGGACGGCCGCGGCCCGCCCAAACCCAACUCCGCCAUCCGCGUCUCCCUCACCUUCACCCAAGCACCCCCUUCGUCCUCCCGGCGGCGCCACUUCGGCGGCGUGCCGGCGUACUUCCCGGCGCGGCGGGGGUGCGAGCUGAAGCUGUACCAGGACGCGCACGUGCCCAUGGGAGCGCCGUGCUCGUACGAGCGCGGGCGGUGCUGGGAGGACGUGUGCAUGGCGGUGCUGGGGGCGCAGAAGCUGGUGUACGUGGCGGGGUGGGCGGUGGGCGCGAGGGUGAGGCUGCUGCGGGAGGAGAUGUCGCCGGAGAUGGCGGAGAAGGCGGCGGAGGUGAGGGCGCUGGCCGGCGUCGAGGUGGAGAAGAUGGCGUUCGGGGAUAUGCUCAAGUACAAGUCGCAGGAGGGCGUCCGCGUCUGCCUCCUCGUCUCCGACCACCACGACACCCCCCUGCACCCCAGCUUCUUCCUAAACACGGGAGGCAUGAUGCAAACUAGUGGUGAAGACACGAAGAAGUUUUUCAAACACUCGUCUGUGAUUUGUAUACUCUCGCAUCGCUACCCUAGAAGCAAAGUUGAGAUGGCUAAACAAAAGGCAAGCUGA